CUUUUUGAAUAGUUUUCAAUCUUUCAAAUAAUUUAAGAAACAGAAAUUGAUAAUUAUGGUGAAAUUAACAUCAAAAUUUAUCGAAAAAAAGUAUGCUCAAGUUCGAUCAAAAUCUCUUAGUAAAUUAAAUAAAAAGCAAGAAUUAUGGAAAUUAACGCACUUAUACAUGAAUGGAAUGUUUAUCAAUGAAAUUGGUAAUUUUGCGGUAUGUAAAAAUUUAAAAGUGAUAUAUCUUCAAGAUAAUAAUAUAUCACGUAUAGAAAAUUUACACUUUGCGACGAAUUUAACACAUUUAUAUAUGCAACAUAACAAAAUAAAGAAGUUAGAAAAUUUAGAUUGUCUACAGAAUUUGCGCAAAUUCUAUGUAGGAUAUAAUUGCAUUAGUGUAAUUGAGGGAUUAGAAAAUGCCGAAAAUUUAAUAGAGCUACAUGUAGAAAAUCAAUCCUUAACUAUAGGUGAAACAUUAUGCUUUGAGCCGCGCAGUGCUGUAACAUUAUCUAAAUGUUUAAAAAAGCUUAACAUAUCAAAUAAUAAAAUGACGACUUUAAAUGAUAUAGCAAAUUUUAAUGAAUUGGAAAUUUUGGAAGCAAAAAAUAAUUUACUUGAUGAUAUUGAAGAUUUAACUCAAACAAUAAGUACAUUAAUUUCACUCAGAGAAUUAUAUAUGAAUGGUAAUCCAGUUGUUCAAAAACACAGAUAUAAAGAAAGUCUCAUUGCUAACAGUAACACAUUGGUAAAUUUAGAUGGAAAAAAUAUUUCUGAUAUUUGUCGCAAAUUUUUACAAACUUUUAAAGAGAAACGUUUUAAACAAUCUAUUAAAAAGAUAACAGUACCACUAACAGAUGACAUUGCAAAUUCUCUGAACUUGCCUCCUGCAUUUAAGAAAUCUGUAUGUAGAGCAAUAUUUCAACAUCCUGGACCUAAACUAUCUAUAGCAGUUAUAUCUGCUAUGGGUGAAUUACAGCCUCAGAGUUUUCCAUCAUGGAAAACGGCUGCUGGUAUAAACAGUCUAAAAGAUAAUCAUAUAACACCAAGACCAUUUUGGAGGGAUACAACUAACAAAAAAGAAACGUAGAGUAAAUUCACUGAACAAAAAUCAAUCAUAUUACCAUUAAUCUGAUAAAUAUUGGCAAAAAUAAUUAUUAAUGUCAAAUAUAUUUUGUUACCUAUUAUCUAUAUAUUGGAAUUUUUUAACAACUUUACAUUCGUAUAAAAAUAAAAAUGAUAGAUUGUAUAAAAAACUAAUAAUUUCUUAUCAAUUACACAAUAAUACUUUUAUACAUUUUAGCACUAGCACUACAUUUGAUCUAUUAGUACUCAUUUAUAUAACUUGAUAUUUUCACUUAAACCUACUUGUGAACAAUACCGUAUGAAUAAAAGUGUAGUAUGGAUAAGGUGUAAAAAAAUAAGAAAUAGAUAACUACAAGUAUGUAGAUAUUGGUUCAUUUCAAGAAAGAUAUAACACUUUUAUAUGUAUUCAAUCUGUAGUAAUAUAAAUACACUUGAAAUAAAUGAACAAUAAAAAUAUCAGAAUGUAAACUUA